GAGGUGCAUUGCGAUUGGCCGAGGCAUAUACAGCAGAAUUCAUUUAUAUAUAUAGCGCGAAAGAUGUAAACAAAAAUACUUAACCUAAAAGAGCUCUGCUUGUGCAAAAUGAUAUCACAAUGACCUGAUUAACGCUUGUAAAUUAAACAACGAAAAGAAUUCAUUUGACGAGCAAAGUUAUGUGAAAUAUUGUUAUACAAACAGAAGCUCUGACAAAAUAAUUGAUAUCAAGUAAUAAAAAUUGAAAAAUUUUGCAUGAAGGCAUCAUUAUGAGUUUUGUCUUUGAUAUCCAAUGCAUGUCAUUGUAAAUUUCAUUAAAAUGCAAGCAGAGGUGGAAGAAAUUGUCAGAGUUUCCUUGAAAAAAGCUUUGGAUCAUGAUGAGAGAGGUAAUUUUGGCCAAGCCUAUGCUUAUUAUACUGCAGUAUUAGAAUUUUGGCCAGCAAGAAGAUCAGAAUUUGAAAAGCGAUUCACCACAAUUUUAUGUCAGUGGGGAAUUCAUUUGGAACAAAAUGAUCGAUUGGAAGAUGUUAUCAAAUGUUAUGAAAAUUCACUUGAAAUCUUCCCUAAAAACUAUACAAUGCUGAACAAUUUUGCUGCCCAUCUCUUGAAAAUGGAGGAACCACUGAAAGCCAUAAAAUAUUUGAAGAGAGCAUUGGAUGCUAACAAGGAUUUUUUACCAGCGGAAAGAAACUUGCAAAAUGCAUACAGCAUGACAGUGGACAGAUGGCAUUUUUCAAUGCUGAAUGAUAAAUCUAGAAAUCAUGCAUUUGACCAAGCAAUUAGAAAAAGAAUACUGCUGGGCUAUGACACUGUUCUAGACAUAGGCACUGGCACAGGACUAUUAAGUCUAUAUGCACGUGAUGCAGGUGCUAAAAAGGUUUAUGCAUGCGAAUAUUCAACAGCAAUGUGUAAUAUUGCAAAAAAAGUUUUUCAUCGAAAUGAAGCAGAAAAUAUUAAACUUAUUUGUAAAGCAUCAAAUGAUCUGAAAAUUCCUCAAGAUAUGCCUGAAAGGGUCAAACUUAUAGUUACAGAAAUAUUUGAUGCUGCUUUGUUUGGAGAGCUGGUUAUACCUACACUUAUUGAUGCACAUCAAAACUUACUAGCAACCAAUGGAGCAGGGAUUAUUAUACCUAUGAGUGCAACUUUAUACAUUGCAGCAGUUGAAUCUGAGUACAUUAGGUUCAGGUCGUCUGUUUUGUUUGAUAAAUGUCAGUAUUUUGGAUCGUUGAACUUUGAGAAUAUAUUUGUUUUACCAGAAGAAGAUUUCUAUGAUACUGAAAACUUAGAAAAUGUUAACAUUAAUUAUAUUACAGAACCAAAACCAAUACUCAAAAUUAAUUUUAACGAUCUAAAUGAAUUGAAGAAUUUUAGUGUGGAUGGAGUGAAGGAAGUACUAAGAACCAAAUGCCGUUACAAUGGUAUAGUUGAUGGCCUAGUAGCUUGGUUCAAGUUAAAUUUAGAUGAAGAUAUUAUUCUUGAUUCAUCUCAAGGAAAAUCUUGCUGGCAAUUGGCCGUGUUUCCCACUUUUCCACAUAAUUGCAAAUCAAAUGAUAAAUUACGAAUAACUGCACAGAUUUUAAAUGGAAGACUGAAAUGUUCAUACAAUUUAGACCAUGAAGACAUAAAUACACAUGAGAAAUUAGUCUAUCAAUUACCAAAAGAUGUUAUAACUUUUUUAAAUGAUAACAAAUUUAUAGAAUCACUAAUUGAAGUAGCAAAAUCAAAGAAAAAUGAAUGUAUUAAAACAGCUUUUGAUACAUCUCCUUUUCCAGUUUAUGGCCUAACAUUAUUGAAGGAAAAUCAUCAUUGUGAAAUUUUAUACUUUCAGACUGACAACUCAGCUCUGAAACAUUUUAUCGAGCACAUAGUUCACAAAAAUAAUAUACUUGGAAAAGUUUAUUUUGUAUCUGACUUUAGUGAAAUAGUUUGUACACUUGACAAUAUUUUUGUCCAUAAUUUUGAUAUUAAAGGAGAGUUGAUAGACUGGGGUCAACAAAGCUACCGGGAAACUUAUAACUGUCUACUCAGCUCAACAGGGACAUUACUUCCAGAAAGAAUUUUUCUUAUGGGACAGCUAGUAUAUUCUGAAGAGUUACCAAAAAUGGUUUUAGUGAAAGAUGAAAAUAUUCAAAGGUUUACUGAAUCUAAAUCCUCAGAUAAUGUAGAUUCUAUAGCAGAUCCUUACAACGAUGAUGAUGAUGAAGAUGAAUGUAGUAAUUCUAUGGAAUACAAUUCUUCAAAAAAUAUAGAAAAUUCAAAUACAGAUAAAAAUCCUAAAUAUGUUAUAGCAGAAUAUAUUAAUCAAUUUAAGAUUAAUCAAGUAUUUGACUUAAAUUCAAGCUUAUACAAUUACGAUGCUUUCUCGGAAAGUACCACAUUAGUUGAAAUGGACGAAUCCGAAAUGAAGGAGAAAGUUAUAAAUUUCGGAAAAAUUAACCCAGGGAAAAAUGGAACCGUCCCCAAUGCUUUAGUAUGCUGGUAUAAAAUUCAAAUAACUGAUAACAAUGUACAUGAAACAAGACGAAAUAGUUCUUUCAUGAAUCACACAGCUAUAGUAUUCGAAAACGAAUUACAGGAUAAAGUAUUACAAGGUAAAGAUGUGCGUAUUAAAAUUCAACAAAUGCAAGAUUUAGUAAGAAUAAGUAUAGUGUAGCAGUAGAUACUUUCGCAUAGAAAAAUAUAUUUAUUUAUUUUGGUAAUAAACUUUACAAGUGUUUUAAAAAUA